CAUUCAACCUUUUCUCUUUCUCUGCUUUUAGUACUAUUAUUAUCAUACCACCUCCCUCCCCAUUUGAUCAUCUCUGUCUAAUACAAAAUUUAAUCACACUCUACAAAAAGAAAGCUCCCUCUCCAUGCCUGUUGCUGACCCAAAAAGAAGAAAUCUUGGUUAAAAGAGAGAGCUGCAGAGAGAAAGGAAAAGAAAGAGAAACAAAAGCAGAGGAUUCCAUUUCCUUUUUUCGGUUUUGAGUCCUCUGAUCUGUAUGUCAAUCUGGAGUUGAAUUUGAUCAUCGUUUGAUUGCUCUGUAUUUCAUUUGAUUGGGUUUCUUAGGUUGUGACAGGAGAAGGAGAGAGAGACGAAAUGGGUAUUGAUGCAAUGAGAAUUAGAGUUCAAAUCAGGAGAUUUUUGGUGAUUUCAUUUGAAUUAUGUUAUAGAUCAGUUUGCAAGCAUCCAUUUCUUGUGGGCAUGGUUUGUUACUUGUUAUUGUUGUAUAGGUCAUUUCCUUUUUUGUUUUCCCUUUUAGUCACUGCAUCCCCUGUUUUGAUUUGUACUGCCAUUUUGCUUGGGACCCUUUUGAGUUUUGGGGAGCCAAAUAUACCUGAAGUUGAAGAAGAAGAAGAAGUAGAAGAAGAAAAAGAAGAAGAAGAACAAGUUAGCCAUGAGAUUUCAUAUUUAAAGAAGGAAGGGGUUGCAGAGGAUGCCACUUUUGUUGUUCAGAAAGAUGAAAGCUUUAGUUUAGAGGGAUUUGUAGGGAACAGAGAUGUUGAAGAAGAGAGCUUGCUGGAGAACAAAAAUAGGAAGAUUGAGGUUCAUGGCGAUUCAGGAGAUUAUGUGCCGCUGAUUGAUGAAACUUCCCGAGAAGUUCAAUUUGAGAAGCAAGUUGUUGAGGAAGUGGAGAGUGAUUUUGAUAAUUUAGAGUUAGGAAAGAAGAGGGAAAUUCAAGAGGAGAAUCAUGGGAUCAAAGAAGGGUUAAGUCAUGCAGAGGGUGUCGAAGAACAAUAUUCUUUGCUUCAAAAUUCAAGAGAUGAGAAUCUUGACGAUGAUAAUUCUGUGGGAGAGUUUAUUGAAACUCAUAAUGGUUACUUGGAAUUUUCUCAGGAAUCAUCUUGGAAACGUGCAUACCAUGAUGAUGAAGAGGAUGAUGAUGAGGCUUCUGAUUCUGGAUCUGAUGGGGUGGAAAGCUCCUCUCCAGAUGCUUCAAUGGCAGACAUUCUUCCAAUGCUUGAUGAGCUCCACCCACUUCUAGAUGAGGAAGCUCCACAACCAGCUAACAUUUCCAAUGAUGGAUCUGAUGCUGGUUCAGAGGGGUCUCAUAAGAGCGAUGAGAGCAGUUUUGAGUCAGAGGAGGAUGUGGGAAACCAGGCAGAUGAAGACGAAGACGGUGAUGAUGAUAAUGAUAAUGAAGAAGAAGCACAAGGCAGUAAAGAGGAUGAAAGUAAAUCUGCAAUCAAAUGGACAGAGGACGACCAGAAAAACCUCAUGGAUUUAGGGACUUUAGAACUCGAAAGAAACCAGCGUUUGGAGAGUCUUAUUGCAAGAAGAAGGGCUCGUAGAAACAUGAGAUUGAUGGCUGAGAAGAAUCUUAUAGAUUUGGAUGCUGCUGAUAUUCCCAUCAACAUUCCAUCUAUUUCAACAGCUAGGCACAACCCGUUUGAUUUUCCUUAUGAUGAUGUUCCUGGGUCUGCUCCUUCUGUAUUGUUGCCAAGACGAAAUCCUUUUGACCUUCCCUAUGACUCAAAUGAAGAAAAGCCCGAUCUUAAGGGAGAUAGUUUUCAACAGGAAUUCUCUGCAACUCAGCAUAGGGAACCAUUUUUCCGAAGGCAUGAAAGUUUCAGCAUUGGGCCAUCAACUUUGGCGGGGACCAGGCAAGAUCUUCGAUGGAAGCCAUAUUUUGUACCCGAACGAUUUGCUACUGAAGGGACAAGCUAUCACACUUUCCAGCGCCAAUUAAGUGAAGCUAGCGAGUCAAAGGUGAGCUCAGUUCCAGAUACCGAGUCAGUUAGUUCAGCUUUGGAGGAAGAGGACAAGAGGAUCAAUGAAGAAGAUGUUUCUCAAGAAACAGAAAUGAUUUCCAAUGUUGACCAUGCUUCUCUCCUUGUCGAAAGGGGAAGUUUAUCAUCUGAAGAGGUAGAUUCUGUGGAAGAUGAACAGGUUGAGAAGAGUGAUUUGCACGAUGGGGCUGAAAUUGCAUUAGGGGACGUUGAAAACCACCUAGAAAUAGAUUCUGGCUUGUCUGAAUCAGGAGUGGUAACUCCUGAGGAGCUUAACACAAGUGAAAUUCUUCUGCGUAUGGGACAUGGUGAAGAGGAUUACAGCAGUAGAUCAAGCCUAUCCUCAUUGUCAGAGAUAGAUGAAAAAAUAUGUGAUGUGAAUAGAGGAUCAACAAGUCUGGAGCCAACAAACAGUCAGAUCGAGGGCUCUCACAUUUCAAUCCAAACUUCACUUGAUUCUGAUUUUCAUUUUGUGAAUGGGUUGGCAGAUGAAAAUGAACACAGGGAGCCUGUUUUGGAGCCAAGAAAUGAUCAUAUUGACGAAUGUGACAUCUCAACGCAAUCUUCUCUUGAUUCAGAUUUUCAUUUUACAAGUCAGAUGAUGGAUGGAAGUCAAUACAGGGAGCCUGGUUUGGAGUCAACAGGCAAUCAAAUUGGGGAUGCUGGCAUUUUGAAGGAAAGCUCAACAGAGUCUGAUUCAAAUGUUUUAAGUGGAAUGGCAGAUGACAAUCAAGAACCUGUUUUGGAGCCAGGAGGCCAUCAUAUUGAGGAACCUGGCAUUUCAUUACAAACUUCUCAUAAUUCAGAUAUCCAUUUGACAAGUGCAGUGGUGGAUGAUGGUCAACAUAGUGAUCCUGUUUAUGAUUCAAGCCCCCCAUCAAUUGAGACUAUUCUCUCCUUUUCUUCUCUUUCUUCCGACACACAAAGAUCAGAAAUGGGUUCACCUAUGGCAAUGGCUGAAUUUGCAGAUAAAGAUUCUGAAGCGCAUGCUGAGAACUUCGAGAAGGAUACGUCUAGUUACCAAGUGAUGCUUGAAGGCUCUUCACAAGCACACUCACCAGAUGAAACUGAAUUCAGAUCAACAGGAGUUGCAGAAAAUACUGGGAAUGAGAUUACAGAGCUUGGAUUCUCAGGAGCAGAGUCAAAUUGUGAGGGUCAAAAUGGGUUUACAAAGCCUGAAUCAGCUGCUGAGAAUUUCUCAGUUGAUUCUUCUCCAUCUCUAUCAGACAAUGGAUCAGCAAAGGAGGUUGUAGCCGGUAAGGAAGAAAACUCUCAUCACAAAGAGGAUCGACUGCACUCAUCAAGUCUUGAUGCAGAAAUCAUUGUUGAUGGAUAUAAGCAGUUGGAUUCUGUCUCUUCUAGUUAUAAGAUGGCUUCUGAAGAGAGCAAUUUGCCUGUACUGGAAAAAGAUUAUCCUCAACUGGUAGUUGAGCAGGUUUCAGUAGACACUAAUUUAUCUGCUUCAGAGGCUAAACCUGUCGAGGACCAUGCAAUUGGUAUUGAAAAAUCUUUUGGGCUUGAGCAGGAUCAAGUCAUCUCAACAAGUUUUGAUGUGGAUAUUCAUGCUGAUGGCUUCCAAGAUGUGGGUGAGAAAUUAGAUCCAGUGGAUUCUAAUUCUCAGCAUGUUCCUUCGAAUGAUUUAUAUUUGUCUGUGCAUGAAGAAAGAGAGCCAUCAGUGGUGGCUGAGCAAGUUAUGGGGACUCAUCUAAAUGUAUCUUCUUCGGAGAUGAAGCUUGUGGAGGAGCAUUCAUCAGAGAAGGGAGAAACCAUCCAAUCUGAACAGGAUCAAGUGCAUAUAUCAAGUUCUGAUUCAGCGAUUGGUGCUGGUUUUCACCAAGAUGUGGAUGUGACAGUUGUUUCUUCAGAAUCUGGUCGCCAAAAUCCACUGUCUGAGGAAAAACCUGAUCUUGAAUUGGAGAAACAGCAGUCUUUGUCAGAUAAAUCCAUGCUUGAACAAUCUUUUAGCAAUCACGGUGAACCUCGGGGACUAUCUGUUACCAUUUCCAACAAUGAAAACGUUCCAGAAGUCCACAAUCCUGAAGAGAGAAUUUCAAGGAGUAUCACCUCCUCGAUGUCAAAUUUCACCUCAGACUCUCCCAAUAGUCUACUAUACAAAUCACCAGAUGGUGGAAUGGAUUUGAAAGAUGAUGUCCUUGAUAAAAUUGUAUACGAGGAUUAUCAUCAGGUCUUAGAACACUCUAAUUACCCAGGAGAAGCAUAUGGCCCCCCUGUUUCUGAGGAAAAUAUCAACGAAGAUGAAGACGAGUUAAAGGAGAUUGAUGAGGGAUUGUUGUCAGAAUUGGAUACAGUUGGGGACUUUAGUGUAAAAGAAGUUGUUGGCGAGUCACUCCAUGAUGAACAAAUACCAGAAAAUACUAGUGUUAGUCCUGAAUUUGACUUCUUGCCAAAAACUUUAAGCCUGACAGAGGUCAAGCCAGAGCUCCCAGUCCUUGAAGUUAGAUCAGUUGAAGAUAUAGACUUGGCUUUCAAGCAACUUCAUGAAGGAGCAAAUGUUGAGGAGGUCAUCCUUCCAAGUAUGGUUGAGGAGAAAUUAGCUGAGGAUGAAUCUAAACAUCAAACUGAUUCAGACUUGCGAGUUGUUGAAGCAAGAUCUUUAGAAGAUAUUCAUAUUGCUAUGAAGCAAAUCUCAGAAGAGAUUAUUGAGGAACUGGUGGAUUCGAGGGAUGCAACAACAGAAGCAAAUGAAAUGGGAUCUGCCAAGGAGAUCCCAGUCCUUGAAGUUAAAACAAUUGAAGACGUUGACUUGGCUUUCAGGCAGCUUCAUGAAGGAAUAGAAGUUGAGGAGAUCAUCGUUCCCAGUGCAAUUGAGCAGCAGCUAGUCGUGGAUGAUACCAAAGAUCUCGGGCAAACCAGUUCAGCUUUGCCAGUUGUUGAAGCAAGAUCUCUGGAGGAUAUUCAUAUCGCCAUGAAGCAGGUUUCAGAAGGAAAUAUUGAGCAGCGGCCAAAGUUGCUGGAUCCGAAUGAUAAACCAGGACAUGAAGCAGCUUCUACCAAGGAGAUGGAUUCUAGGAAUUCAGAAAUAAAUGAAGAGGAUUCCACUGAGGAUAUUGAAUCAAGUACUGUAGAAGUAAAUGAAGUGAGUUCCAUCAAGGCUGUGGAAUCAAGCAUUGUGCAAGUAAUUGAAGUGACUUCCAUCAAGGAGAGUGAACCGGAUACUGCUGAGUUUGGUGGUGGAGAAACCAGCACAAUUGCUCCUCAUGAAUCAAAGCAUGGAUUCGAUGAAACACCUGGAAAUUCGAGUUCGAGCAUAUCAGAUACCAAAGGCAAGAAGGCAAAAUCUCAUAGUUCGAGUUCUAAUUCCAGCUCCAGCUCCAGCUCCAGCUCGAGCUCUAGUGAUUCAGAUUGAAGAUAAGAAUUGUAGCGAAGAAAAGAGAGGAAGUUUUGUGGUUUGAGUUUUCCUUCCUUUUGGUUUAGUUGUGUGAGAUUGGGCUUUUUUGAUUUUAUAGUUUGGUCUACCACGAUUUAUUACUUGGCUGGGUUUUGAUUACUUUCUAAUUUAUUGAUCUGAUCUCUUCAAGAAUGAGUUUUGGUUUGAUUUCUUGAAGUGUGAAUUUUUUAGGUUCUAAGAGUGAGCAGUUUGAGGUUUUCUGGGAUAAAGAUUGUUUGAAAUCCCUGCAUAUUGUAAAUUACAAUUUGUAGAAUGAAUGUGAUCAAUUCCAGGCGUUUAAUGCUUUGUUUCAAA